GCUGCCACGGGCUGAAAAUUCUGAGGUGUGGAAAUCCUGACGAGGAUUUCUUUAUCUAAGUUGUUCUAAUAUCCGAUAUUUUCUCAAAAUGUCGGCCCAAGAGCAGAUGCGAGCUAUGCUAGACGAGCUCAUGGGGACAGGUAGAGAUGGAGAGAACAACAAGUAUAAGGUUGCUUUUGAUGACGCUCGGGUAUGUAAGAGUUUCCUGCUAUCCUGCUGUCCUCAUGAUAUUUUGUCGAGCACGCGUAUGGAUUUGGGUGAAUGCCCAAUCCAUGAUUUGGCCCUGAGAGCAGACUAUGAUUUGGCAUCCAAGAAGCAGGACUAUUACUACGAUAUUGAUGCUAUGGAACAUCUGCAGAGUUUCAUCGUUGAGUGUGACAGAAAAGUGGAACUUGCAAAGCGAAGGCUUAAGGAAACACAGGAAGAACUAAGUGAAGAAGCCAAUUCUAAGGCAGAGGUCAUUCACCAGCUUGGGGAACAGAUGGGGACCAAACUGGCUAAGGCAGAGAUUGCUGGAGCUGAAGGCAAUGUGGAGGAGUCCUUAAAGUUGAUGGCAGAGGUGGAAGAAUUAAAGAAAAGUAAAGCUCAUGCAGAGAAUGAGUACAGGAAUUCAAUGCCGGCUUCCAGCUAUCAGCAGCAGAAGUUGCGUGUGUGUGAGGUGUGCUCAGCCUACCUAGGUAUACAUGAUAAUGACAGACGGCUGGCUGAUCACUUUGGUGGAAAGUUGCACUUAGGAUUCAUCACUAUCAGGGAUAAAUUGGCAGAUUUAAAGAAAAGUGUGGCCGAGAGGCGUCUCCAGAGAGAAAAGGAAAGAGAAGAGAUGCGGAAGGGCCGCAGGGACAGAGUGGAUGAUGAGGAUGAGAAGAGGCCAUCUCCGUCGGGACGCACCCGAACACGAAGCCGCAGCAGAAGCAGAGACCGUAGAAGGCGCAGUCGUAGCAGAAGUAGAAGGUCACGUUCACGGGACAGGCACAGCAGGAAGAGAUCCCGCAGGUCUCGCAGCCGUUCCAGGUCCAGGGACAGGCGCAGAUCCAGGGAGAGAUCCAGAAGGUCUCGCUCAAGAUCCAGAUCCAAGAAACACUCAAGAUCACGACGUUCCCGAUCCAGGAGUAGAUCGCGGCGAUCCAGGAGCAGGUCACGACGCUCCAGCAGCCGAUCACGAAGGCGUACAAAUCGCUCCAGUAGUCCGUCUGAUUCUAAGAGAAGUCCACCAGCUGAGAGACCCAAGCAAGAGGCUGAUGGGAAUGGUACAGUCGAGCUAGAGGAGGAUAUUAGAAGAAAUCCGUGGAAAGAAAAGUCAUGUUUUGAUUCUAGACAACUGUUUUAGGUUUGAUGCAUCAGUCUGCAAUACCGUUUUAUUUUCCCAUCAGCAUUUUUAGUGAGUGAUUGACUUGCUGUUGAAUUCAGAUGUAUUCUGCUGUCACUGAUUAAGUAUUUAAAAAAUUCUGUAGGGAAUUGGAAAUAAUACAAUGUGCCCAAUUCAUGUGUUUUUACUGUUCUGUAUCAUAAAUGUAAACCAAUGACAUUCGAAAAAACAGCGAAUUUGGCAGCUGCAAUAAAAGUAUCAUAAUGUUGCAACAUCGGGUAUGCAUAUUGACAUAGAUUAUAGUUAUUUAAUUAACUUACCUUAUUUUGAGGUAAUGUUAGUGCCUUCCAUUUCACUAAGCACAGCUUUAUCAAAAAUUUUCUUUUUGUUAGUCUCGAAACUAUAAUGCACUUGAACUAUCUGGUAAAAUUUUUAGUCAUGCAUUACAAGGGACUAACUACUUUAGGCAUAUAAUUUUUUUUUUUUAAGUUUACGAAACAACUCUAUUGUAAACCUGUUGCGGAAUAUUUUAAAGCUGUAGAUAGUUUGCAUCUGUAUUAUCUGCAUCUGUAAUUUUGCUGCUGUUUAAUUCUGCUUCUUUAACCAUGAUUUGAUAUGCAGCAGAAAUUUUGUAUCCUAUUAGGGAAUCAGUAAAGGUGAAUUGAAAAUUUAGAAUAUUUGCUGAUAUGGAUAAGUUCUCUUUGUAUUAUACAUGAAGACUAUAAAUAAAUUGCAUUUGAUGUCAAGUUAAUUUUUUACUGUUUACUGUUUUACUUUU